AUGGCACCCUUGAAGCCCCCAUAUCCGAAAUGGUAUGAUCCUAACACUAGUUGCAUGUAUCACACUGGAAAUCAAGGGCAUUCUACAGAAAACUGCCUUGCCUUUAAAAGAAGGGUUCAAGAUCUCAUCGAUGCUAGCAUUCUGCGAUUUGAUGGCAUUAGUAAUCCUCUUCCUAACCAUGCUGAUGUGAAUGUGGUAACAAAUGAAGAUGAGAGGCAAGAUAAUCUAAGAAGUGCUUUGAUUGAAAAGGGUCUUCAGAACAUCAGCAUAAAUGUUGUUGACAGCGGGGGUGAUGCAAUUGAGGAUGUUUUAAUGAUACGCCACUGUCCUCCAAGAUAUGUUUUGAACAACUGGACUGCUGUGGACCUCUUUGUAGCUUCUAAGUCCUCUCCAGAGUGCUCAUAUAUCCAUGGUAUGAACAAUCCUGUUAUAAGUCCUGAAAUUGAUUUCGAGAAGGCUAUUUGUUUAGGAGAAUUUGAAGCCGAUGAAGAUGCUGAAGGUUUUGUCUCGUCUCAUGACUUACUGAGAAUGGUAGAACAAGAAGAGAAACAGAUUCUACCCCAUCAAGAAUCUAUUAAGACAGUGAACUUAGGGAGUGAAGAAAAGAAACAAGAAGUGAAGAUUGAGACUUCCAUUUCAGGGAACACCAAACAAAAUUUGAUCGACUUGCUCUAUGAGUACAAAGAUGUAUUUGUCUGGUCGUAUCAGGAUAUGCCAGGGUUGAAUGAGGAUGUGGUGGUCCAUAGGCUUCCAUUAAAACCAGAAUGCAAGCCCGUUCAGCAGAAAUUGAGAAGGAUGAGACCUGAAAUGCUGUUAAAGAUAAAAGAAGAGGUUAAGAAACAAUAUGAUGCUGGCUUUUUACAGGUCUCUAAAUAUCCGGAAUGGGUAGCUAACAUAGUCCCGGUACCGAAAAAAUAUGGCAAGGUACGAAUGUACGUAGAUUAUCGUGAUUUGAAUCGAGCAAGCCCUAAGGAAAACUUUCCUUUGCCACACAUCGAUACGUUGGUAGAUAACACAGCAAAGUAUUCAUUGUUUUCUUUCAUGGAUGGUUUCUCGGGUUAUAAUCAGAUUAAGAUGGCUCCCGAAGAUAUGGAGAAAACUACAUUCGUUACAAUGUCGGGAACGUUCUGCUAUAAAGUGAUGCCGUUCAGAUUGAAGAAUACUGGGGCAACAUAUCAAAGAGCCAUGCUAGAUCCAUUAAAGUACUUGAUGGAAUCACCUGCACUCUCAGGGAGAAUGACACGAUGGCAGAUCCUAUUAUCUAAAUAUGACAUUGUGUAUGUGAGCCAAAAGUCGAUAAAGGGAAGCGCGAUAGCUGACUUCUUGGCAAGUCGAGCAAUGAAGGAAUAUGAGCCGCUGAGAUUUGAUUUUCCAGAUGAAGACUUGAUGGGUAUUUCCGAAGGUGAAUCAUUAAAAGAUCAAUCAUGGAAUAUGAGUUUUGAUGGUGCAUCGAACGCGUUGGGGCACGGGAUAGGAGCAGUCUUAGUGUCACUGGAAGGAAACCAUUACCCGCUCACUGCCAGAUUGAAUUUCUUCUGUACUAAUAACAUAGCAGAAUAUGAAGCUUGCAUCAUGGGACUUCGUGCAGCUAUUGAAUGGAAAAUAGAAAUCUUAGAGGUGUAUGGGGACUUAGCGUUAGUGAUUUAUCAAAUUCGCGGAUAUUGGAAAGUGAGAGAUUCAAAAUUAGUUAAGUAUCGUGAUUUCGUGGCGAAAUUGGUAGAAUUCAAAGACGUGACUUUUCAAUACUUCCCACGAGAGGAAAACCAAUUGGCUGACGCCUUGGCCACCUUGGCUUCAAUGUUCAAAGAAAAUAGAGAAACAGAAAUAAUGCCUCUCCAAAUGAGCAUAUAUGAGGCCCCCGUACAUUGUUUUAGCAUUGAAAAGGAAUCAGAUGGACGACCAUGGUUUCAUGACAUAUUGGAGUACAUUAAGAAUCAAAGGUAUCCCGAGCAAGCAAACGAGAAUGACAAAAGAAUAAUCAGAAGAAUGGCGGCUGGUUUUGUUCUUGAUGGGGAUAUCCUAUACAAAAGAGGAAAUGAUCAAAUGCUCCUGAGAUGCGUGGACAAUGUUGAAGCUAGAAGAAUACUUGAAGAUGUCCACGAAGGAAUUUGUGGAACGCAUGCCAAUGGGUUUACUAUGGCUAGGCAGAUUAUGAGACUUGGUUAUUUUUGGCUGACGGUGGAAAGGGAUUGCAUUAGCUACCACGAAAAUGCCACAAGUGUCAAAUAUAAGGCGAUAAAAUUCAUGCAGCUCCCUCGCCUCUUCAUGUCAUGA